GCCAGUUCAGCAUGACCAGCGCACUCGGUGUGAGUCCGCCGCCACAGGAGACCGAAGUGUCGAAGGAUGCGUCGCCGAAGCAGAUGCUGGACGCUCCCCCGUCGCCGUCUGUCGACGAUUUUCACAUGCUGGACAAGUCGCUGGUCGAAGUCACAGACCUCCUCCUCAGCGAAGAUCGCCAAUCCAACAGCUCGACCCUGCGCGACUCGAUCUUCCUCGACGACGAGCUUGUCCACACCAAGGCCAAGCUCGCCGACAUGCAACGCGUUUGCAUGGACUUGGAGUUCCAAGUCAAGCAGCUCGAGGCCGCCAAGCUCUUGUGGGACGUGACCCGACUCGCCAUGGAGUUUCAGGUGAUCAAGGACAAAGACGCGCACGCGCGCAUUCGCAACCGGAUCGAGGAUGAGCUGAUCCGCGCGUCCCAUGCCGCCAAAUUCUUCCGUGCGGAAGCGGACAAGCUGCAGGACGAAGUUGUCGUCAAGGACACGCGCAUCCAGGAACUCGAAGCAGAGGUUCAGCUCCUCCGCAACAAGAACGACAUGCACCUCCGACUGCGCCAACUCGAUGCCCAGGUGCACCAACUCACCGCGACGAACCGCGCCCUCAUCACCGAGAACCACGAGCUAAAAAUGCGCCAGUAUGGCCUUCAGCAAGACCUCCAGCACGACCUCCAGCCCGUCCAGCGGUCGUCUUCGUGGAACCUCUUCAACCAAAACAAGUCGUCCAAGUCGCGAGACAACGUUGUGGACUUGCCGAGGAAGACGUCAGCGGCCACGUCGCAGUCCAACGAAAGCCUGCCGGGUGCCGAACUCGCCAAGUCCACCGCCAACCUCGAACUCAUCAAAAUGCUCCAGCGCGAGCUCGAAGACGCCGACUUCAACCGCGACUCGUUCGACGCGUGGUACUGAGUCGCAACCACCCAGGCAGUAGAGAAUAAGUUAUAGUUAUUUAGCCCAUCAAGUGAAGCACCUAGUUAAGUUAUAAGAGUGAUCUGCCCGAUCCUGGUUCUUGCA